GGAUCAGUAUUCAGAAGACCCCUCACAAGGCGGGUCGUCCGACGUGGGGUUGAAGGUCCACAUCCAUCCUCGAGGGGAGCCCGCCAAAAUGGACACACAGGGCAUCGCCAUCGGGCCGGGAACACAUGCCUAUGUGGGGAUGUCAAAGAUUAAUUAUCAAAACGAGAUCCCGCCGUGGGGAAAUUGUGAGGAAAAGAAGCUGAAUCAUUACGACACCUAUACCCUAACGGGGUGUCUGUUGGAGUGUAGGGCGCACUGGGUGGAGACCAUGUGUAACUGCACCGCCAUGGAACUGCCAGGGAAUAUGGACAUCUGCGAUCCUCAAACAGUCGUGGAUUGUGUGACGUCAGUCUACAAUCUCAUCAUUCGAGGGCGACUGCCUUGCAAGUGCCCGACCCCCUGUGAGAUCAGCACGUACGGCAAGUCCGUGUCUUACGCCGGCUGGCCCAACCCUGGCGCUGCGAUGAGCCCUUCCUUGAUAGAAAAGUUGGGCCAAGAUGAAUUUUUACGGAGAAACUACUGUGCCUUCGACGUCUUCUACAAAUCUCUGAACAGCAAGACGGUCACCCAGAAGAGGGCGAUGACGGAGGAAGACCUACUUAGUGCGAUCGGCGGUUCCCUGGGCCUGUUCAUCGGCGCCAGUAUCAUCACCCUGGCGGAGAUAGCGGAGUAUCUCAUCACCAGGCCCUUCAAGUUCCUCUUGAAAAAGAAGUAGAAAAAUAAACAGAAUGCAAGAAAAUGCAAGAAAAUAACAGAUAGACUAUGAAGCAAUAAAAGCCACCCGAGAGGUUGGAAGUCGCCUGAGCGUUUUCAGAAAAUGUCAGGCGACUUACAGAAGUUAUACCACAUUCUGAAAUUAUUGUAACGUUACAAUCCAUGAGAUGGACAAAACGCAUUUCUUAAAGUCUUAACGUUAAGUCGGACGUUCGUAAUUAGUUCUCACAUAUUGUGGGCAUGUGUUCUUAUGCAUAUUUUCCAUAAACUAGACAGGUGUGGCACAUUAUCCAUACACUAGUGGUGUAUAAAAACAUGUCUCCUUGUACUCAGUCUGUAACAUCUUGUCUAUACAAUACAUGCGUACCAGACGAAGACUGUUCUUACAAGAAUAAAACAGUUUCUAGACGUAGCGUACUCCAUGCUCUUCAUUGUUUGUGUCAUUGUGAGUAACGUUAUAUGGAUAUAAUACAUCAAUGUAUGUUCUUGUUUCCUUCAUGAAGUAUACGUCUUCACUUUUGACACUGAAUCUCGAUCGAAAAUUGGGUGACCUGAAUGUACGACUGAAUUAAUAUCCUUCAAUAUCAACCAUCAGGUCCAAAUACUAUUAUACAUGUACGGUUCUAUAUGUGUAUUCAUUGUUCCAACAAUGACACAUUGUGAAUCAGUCUAUUUAGGGGAAAGUUGAUAUUUGUGGACACAACAUUUCUUUGGAUAGUCAUUCUUCCUUCCUUCGGUGGUAGUAUAAUAUUAUUUAAACAAGCCACGGGCUGUUUGUCUACAGUCUACAUCAACAUGGCUUCAGUCUCGGUGUGACUGUUCUUUCCGUGAAGGAAUUGUAUUUUGUUCGUCUUUAAGGACGAGUUGAAACGUAGCAUGUUGUAUAAAACUAAAAGACAGAAGUACAGGAAUGCACUGGAAAGAACAGGACAGAUAAAA